AAUAUGCGUUUUAUGAUUGAUCAUCAAAUUACGAAAUUGAUGGAUGUGAAAAUCAAAUCAUGGUAUGGUAUAAAUAAGUGUUCGAGAGAGAGAGGAGAGGACAGACCUGAAAGAUUCCGGAUCUUAACAAGCUAGGUCCAGCAUACCACCAUGAAGUCAAUUAUCUGUUUAAUAUUUGUUUUCGUCGCCGUAAAUGCUGCUGGUAAAAGGAAAUAUUAUCCUCAACCAUACACUGGCGGGAAUGGCUACACUGGUGCUGGAAAUGUGUACAGUGGGGUAAACGGUUACAGAGGUGCACCAAAUGGUUAUACUGGGGCACCUGCUGGAUACACUGGCGGAGCACCUGCUGGAUACACUGGUGGAGCACCUGCUGGAUACACUGGUGGAGCACCUGUAAGCUACACUGGUGCAGCACCUGUCGGCUACACUGGUGGACAAACUCCCUAUACUGGAGCACCAAAUCCCUAUGUUGGUGCCCCUGUCUACACUGGUGGUAACCCUGGUGCACCUGGAGGCAGUGGUGGUGCUAGCUACAUGCCAGUGGUAAAUGGUUAUCCUGGUAAUGUUGCUCCUUAUGACCCAACUGUAGGAACCGGAAAUGGAGCUCCAUAUGACCCAACUGUAGGGACCGGUGGUGGACAACCAGGACAAGGAGCUAGUGUAGAUGUUGGUAAAUUGUUAUCAGCUCUCGUUAAUGUACUCGUAGAAAGCAAGGAAAAAGCUCCUGAACCAACAUACAACGGAGCAGUAAAUGGACCUGCAUAUGACCCAUUAGGUCAAGGAGGUGCUGGUGGACCAAUGGGUCCAGGAGGUGCUGGUGGCCCUGCUUAUGACCCAUUAGGUCAAGGAGGUGCUGGUGGUCCAAUGGGUCCAGGAGGUGCUGGUGGACCAAUGGGUCCAGGAGGUGCCGGUGGACCUGCUUAUGAUCCAUUAGGUCCAGGAGGUGCUGGUGGUCCAAUGGGUCCAGGAGGUGCUGGUGGACCUGCUUAUGAUCCAUUAGGUCAAGGAGGUGCAGGUGGACCAAUGGGCCCAGGAGGUGCUGGUGGACCUGCUUAUGACCCAUUAGGUCAAGGAGGUGCUGGUGGACCAAUGGGUCCAGGAGGUCCAGGAGGCGAUAGACCAGCAGCUGGUGGACCAGGUGGUCAAACCGAGCCAUGUGACCCUGCUGAUCCAUACUGUCAAGAGCCAUGUGAUCCUAAUGAUCCAUACUGUCAAGAACCAUGCGACCCUAAUGUUGAAUACUGUGGUGGUCCAUGUGAUCCAAAUGACCCUGCUUGCCAACCUGAUGUUGGUCCAGGCAAUGGUGACUUAAUGCCAUAUGAUGGUCAAGGUGGUCAAGGUGGUCAAGGUGGCCAAGGUGGUCAAGGUGGUCAAGUUGGUCGAGGUGGUCAAGGUGGUCAAGGUGAUCAAGGUGGUCAAGGUGGUUAUAAUGGUUAUGAGUCAAAUGGAGAUAAAUAUGGAAACAACAAUAAAUACGCUAAAAAAUAUGGCGGCUAUGGUAAGAGAACAACAACUACACCUAAACCAUACGCCAAGCCAUACGGUAGAACAUACAAGAAAAAACCAACAAGAAAACCAUAUGCAAAGACAUAUUACACUAAAAGAUACAACAAGAAGCCUUAUGCACAAAAACCAAAGGGUGGAUAUUAAACAGACUAUAUGAAUGAUAUUCAGUCAUGAAAAACUGUAUUAUAUUGUAAAAGUGUAAAUAAACUAAUUGCAGCAUACUAUA